AUGUUUCUCACUUCUCCAAACCUGACGUCAGCGGCGAAAAUCCCCACACGAGGACAGGAACACGAGACACAGCACCAAAACACAGACACACCGAGACACCGAGACAGAGAUGAAGGACACGAUGAGCGCGGUGAGGAGCACAGUGAGGACGUCGUGGUGGGCGAGGACGUCGUGGUGGGCGAGGACGUCGUGGUGGGCGAGGACGUCGUGGUGGGCGAGGACGUCGUGGGUGGGCGAGGCGUCGUGGUGGGCGAGGACGUCGUGUGGGCGAGGACGUCGUUGUGGGUGAGGACGUCGUCGUGGGCCCAGACGUGCUGCUGUGUCGUCGUUCUGCUGCAAAUCUGUGGUUCUGGUGCUGUGGAUCCGGCCGUGGUGGUUCCGUCCGGGUCCAGAGCGGUCCUGCCCUGUCCCGGUCUGAAGAAGCAGAACUCGGACUGUGGACGGGUCUCCUGGGUCUUCAGAAGAACCCAGAACUCUACACAGACGGACCAGGACAGAGUGUUGGUCCGACAGGGUCAGCUGGACGGUUCCGGUCGGGUCCGUCUCCAUGGCGACUGUUCUCUGUGGGUUCUCCGGGCGUCUGUGGAGGACGUCGGGUUCUACUCGUGUCUUCACUCCACCUCGAAGCGACGCCUGCCGACCACGGUCCUGUCGCUCAUCAGAGCCGUCGGUCGUAAAGUUCUGGACUGUUCUCUGUCCACCCCGGACCCCGGCAGGUUCUCGCUCGUCUCCAAACCCAAACCCAAACCCCGGAGGCCACAGUCGACCUGGGGCAGAGUGACGACCUGGGGCAGAGUGACGGAGGCGGUGGCCGACAGUUCGUUUUGGUGCGACGUCCAAGACCGACUCACCGGAGGAAACUGGAACUUCAACUUCAACAACAAAGAUGAAGAACAGGAGGAGGUUUUGUCUUCAAACUCUCAGCGUCUCAAAGUUUCUUAUAAAACCACCGUCGUCGUCGUCAUCGUCCUCGCGAUUCUUCUGAUGAUUUAAAACUCCAGAGUCACACGGAGUCCAGGCUCUGAUGUUCUGAUGUUCUGAUGUUCUGAUGUUCUGAUGUUCUGAUGCUCUGAUGUUCCUCAUCUCAAACAGAGCUGGACUUUUGUUUGUUUGAGUAAAUCUUUAUUAUUUAUCUGUUUACAUCUGCAAAUCUCCAAACGCUCUGUUCCACCUUGUGAUGUCAUCAAGUUCUCAGCUCCUUUUCCCUUUGGUUCAGUCGAGUUUGGGUAAAUAAACUCCAGGACUGAACUGAUCCAGGUGAUUCAGGUGAAGGUGAAGUGUUUAAAAACACAGUGGAGCACUUCCUGUAUCACCACACGAUGACAUCACCAGGUGGAUCAGAGUGUUUUCAGUUGGACAGAAGUUGUAUUUAUGAAACAUCAUAUUUAUGUUCAUUAUUUAUUCAUAAUUAAAAAGAAACAUUUGUAAAAGUUCA